AUGACCUUCGACUGGAAUGAUCAACGAACACUUGAUGCUCAAUACUAUGGCUUCUCCAAAAUACAACACGCUCUCUACGGGAUUUUUCUGUGGGAGCUAGUGAACAGCUUGGAGUUCGAUCUCGCUCUGGUGACUACCAAGCGAUUGGAAAGUGCCAGCUCAUUGUAUGCCCGGCUGGUGUAUCUAUCAUGCAGAUACUUGACGCUGGCAGCAUUGACUUCAAUUGCAAUUGGAUCCACCCCCACCUCGAGAUUGAAGAUUGACUGUAAAGCGUGGAUGAUCUGCACUUUGGCUUUAUCGUUUGCAGCUGUCACUUCGGCUUCCACGCUUAUUGCCAUACGAGCUAUUGCCAUCUUCAACAGACGCAAAAGCGUGAUUGUGGCGUUUGCCUUGGUUCUUACCGCGCAACUGGCCAGUUUCGUUUAUGAGGUGUCGCGAGCCGAUGCCACGGAGAGCCCGGCCAACGAGACCUGUAUUUUUCUCAACACAGAGACGAAUCGGCUGAACGUGACCGCCACAUUCGUCACAGACACCUUCCUACUUGUCUCCAUGCUAUUCGGCCUGCUCAGAUGGAAGGAUGCGCGGAGGAAACGUGGGAUAUGGGAUGUUCUUUGGCGACAGGGUAUCAUGUGGCUCUCGUUGGCCACUCUCGCUGAGCUUCCGUCAGUGGUUUUCAUCUGGCUCAAUCUCAAUCAAGUUAUGAACGUUAUAUUCUUCACGCCCGAACUGAUCAUCCUCAUCAUCGGGGCGACGCGCAUGUAUCGUGCGCUAUGGGCUCAUGAUACAACUGCGUACGACCUCAAUAGUGUAUCCAUGUCCGAAGAUCGGUCGAUGGCUUUCCGAAGAGCUAGUUGUCAGAGGGUCCAGCUUCCGUUCUCAAGACCGGAACAACAAGCAAUCUCAUAG